CAGUUCGACGUAAACAAUCAAGCUGUUUGGAGAUGAAAAGUGUACUAAUCUUUUUCUUCGCCCUGACGGUGGCCUUUGCUAUCGAGGACAGAAACGCCCGCAUCUCCGGUGGAGAGCAGGCAGGAACCAAUGAUUUCCCGUUCACGGUAGGUAUCAUGAUCUCGGGAGAUGAUGCACAUACGUUCUGCGCUGGAGUUCUGGUAACACCCCGAUUCGUUCUGACUACUGCCAACUGCGUUAUACGUCAAACGAUGUUAACCGUCCUGCUGGGAUCAACGGACAUGACGCGUGUUCAACAGUUCCUACCGGUAACCCACGUUCGACUUCACUGGAACCACAGUUCAACGGUGAUAAAUCGUGCAGAUCUGGCACUCUUGACACUAGCUAGGGAGGCCACCCUAGGUCCCACAGUAGCGGUCGCUAGACUACCCAGUCGAUCCCAAGUUGGAAAUUCAUUCAACGGAUUUGGAGCAACUCUUGUCGGUUGGGGCAAGACAGGCCAACGGGAGGACGAAGCUGUGCCACUGCAGCAUCUGCAGGUCUUGCGUAAUCCGAUCAUUAGUAACUUUGUCUGCGGGUUGUCCCACUCGUUCAUUACCGAUGAACACGUCUGCACUUCAGGAGACAAUGGAAGUCCGUGCGAGGGAGACGAAGGUGGUCCAGUCAUGAUAACCGAGGGUGGAGAGUUUACUGUGAUCGCAAUUCAUUCGUUCCACUUUUCUGGUAUUCGCGGGUGCGAUCGGGGUCGAUCGGCUGUUCAUACGCGCCUUACCGAGCACCUGAAUUGGUUAGUAGAGCAUACAGGUGUUGAGAUAAGACCAUGAUUAGCAAUCUGAUUUGUUUUGGUUGACGUUUGAGAUUUUCAAUAAAUUUUCUUGACUGCAUUA